UCCCUCCAUUUCACCAACAAUUUCUCUGCAUCUUCUUCAUAUUUUAAACAACAGCCAAUAACUUUCUUAGUUACAAAAAUGGAACAAAAUCUACCGGUUUUAGCUAAGAAAGUUUGGAACUUAGUUCGUGUGGUUUACUUCAUGCUGCGAAAAGGCAUAUUCAAGAGAAAGUUGUUGCUGGACCUCAACAUGAUGAUAAGGCGUGGCAAGAUCGCCGGAAAAGCCUUACAGAACCUGAUGUUCCACCACUACCACAUCAACCGGGAGGCUUUCACCGCCAAACACCGCUCCCACCACCUCUCUUUCCCUUCACCUCCGCCCGGUGAAUAUGAGUUCAGCUGCAGCAACAGCCCUGCGCCCACUACUCACCACCCUUUCUCUCUAUUUUCACUCCACAAGAAACAUCACUCCAACAGCAAACCAUCGAAGGAUCAUCUUGAUAUGAUGGCUGUUAACGCUGUGCUUAAAGCCAUGGAGAUGAUUCACAGCGACAAUUCCUCACCGGCGCUUCCAGGCUUUGGGAGUACUCCGAUGGUUAGGCAGCUGAGGGUAACCGACUCUCCGUUUCCGUUGAGUAGUGUCGACCAAGACAACAAAGUGGAUGUGGCGGCGGAGGAGUUCAUUAGCCGCUUCUAUAAUGACUUGAGGCUGCAGAAAGCAAAGGCGUCAUCGUUUGGGUCAUCGUGAAUUAACAGAUACCUUACACUGUUUAGAUGUAUAUUUUAGAUAGAGAUUGUAAGAUCGAGUCAUUAAUUUGCAAGUGAUUGUGAGGUGUGUAUGCGAGGCAACUGUACAUUUCAAGCUUGUUGCAUUUAUUAUACUCGCUUAAAAGAAUAACGUUUUAGCCGAUGUUGAAUAA